UGUCUGUUUUGUGUUAAAGAUUAAGCAAUGCAUGCCUGUCAAAAUCAAUAUUGUCUAUGUUUUUGUCAUUAGAAGUAGAUACUGAAUUUUGGUUACAUCGUUGGCACUAUUUUCAACACUUAAAGUUGUUUAAGUUUUCAUGUUCUACAAUGGCGUCAGAUUAUCUUAAAAACCACAAAAGAUUUUGGAAAAAUGAUGAACCUACGAAAAUUCCGAAAAAUAAACAAAUUCCAAUUCAGCACAGUGAUUGCAUCAAAACGUUUCUGAAAUGUAUCCAAGAUGAAGGUUUGCGAAAAGCUUAUAAUCGUUACGGAUACAAACCGGUGGAAUCAAAACAUCCAAGAUCGAUAAUCAAUGAUAUUGAAGAUGAAAAGAUCAGUGACGUCAUUAUAGUUGGUGCAGGAAUGGCAGGUCUAAGUGCAGCGUAUGAAUUAAAAAAAGCUGGUCUUUCUGUGAAAAUUCUAGAGCAAACAGACCGUUAUGGAGGAAGAAUAUUUACGUAUGGUGAAGAAAGCGGUCUUGCGUCUGGUUUGUAUGCAGAAGCUGGAGCAAUGCGAUUGCCUGGAGGUGUGGAUGAUCAAUAUGAAAAACAACAUUAUUUAACGGACGGUUACAUCAAGAACUUUAAUCUACCUAUCAAAUGUUUUCCAAACUACGAUGAAAAUGUCAUUACUAGCAUUUAUGGUCUUCGCGAAAAAUCUAAAGUUUGGGCUGAGAAACAUUUUGACAAAUUUUGGCCAAACUGGAUGGAUGGAAUAAAUGAAUUAUUACGAAAAGACAUUUUGAAUAUUGGAAAAUACUACGACGAAACAACAAGUGUUGUCAGUGACCAGAUUUACACUUGGUUAUCAAAAGCAAAUAGUGUAGAUGAUCAAGUUAAUGCUUGGGAUCGUUGGAUUAAAAUUUGGAGUCGGUUCACGGUGGAAAAUUUUCUUGAAAGUACUAUCAAUGUAAUUAAAGCUAAAGUUUCUAUUCAAGAGCAGGAAGACUUGGAUUUAAUAAAGCUUGAAAGUCUUUUGCCAUUCUAG